CGGCAGUGUGUGUCGGACCGGCGCGGCGUGUAUGUGUCCUCGCAAGCUGUCCCCACGGUUGUAAAUGUCCAGGGACCAGUCAAAUAUUCGAAAAUCGCGUAGAUGUGUCUGUCGGGUGUGAGUGAAACAAUAUCGUGUUAGAGUGCAGUGAAAAGUUGUGUGGCGCGUGUGUCGCGUUUGAGGUCCGUCUGGGCAUGCGGAAGGGCAGAGGGGGCGCGCGGGGCCGGGCCCGUUAGCGAGUGCCAUGCCGAGCGCGAGCGCCUUGCACCUCGCCCUGCUAGUGGGCGCACAUCUUGUCAUUAACGGUUCUUGCGACGUAGCGGGCGGGUCGGGUUCUAUAAACGCGCUCCCGGCCGGCGGAGGCAGCUCACGGCUUGCGCCCUCCUUUGAUGCCGCUACUCCGCGGAACGUCACGGCCCUCGUCGGCAAAUCAGCCUACCUCAGCUGCAGGGUGCGGAACCUUGGGAAUAGAACGGUGAGUCAUAUCUUUUUCCAUGGCUUAUUCUUCAAACGAGAUAUGAAUUCAUUGUUUUUCUUGUGUAAGAAGACCAAAAUAACCCGCUUCAUGAUAGCAGCUCAAGAAGAAGUACCGUACGAAAAGAUGUACCAAUAUCAUGGCCACAGGAAUAGAGCUGUCAUAAGUUUCUUCGAAGAAUCGGUGGUGGAAUUAUGUCGUACCUAUAAAGGGCUACUUGAUUAA